UUGCGUUGGUCAUCUCCUAUACUCACCAUCCCCUCUCUCUUUUUUCCCGCACAGUCUGUCCUACCGGAUAAAGAUGUGUUCGAAAUUUGUCAUGCAAUUAUUCAAUCGGGCAAGGAUUAUGCACGCCAGCAUUUCUCACCUUGUCCACUGAUGUACGCCUAUCAUGGAGUUGAAUAUUUUGGUGUUGCUCAUGGUUUAGCCGGCAUAUUGUUCACCCUGAUGCAGUUCCCGGACUACUUGAAGACGAAUCCAGAAAGUGAACAACUGGUUCGCAACUCAUUGGCCUACAUGCUUCAGAUUACCCCGGUCGAUACGGGCAAUCUGCCUUCCGCGAUGGACGAAGUGAGCGGACUAUAUCGAGUUUCGCCGUCUGAAAUGCUUGUCCACUGGUGUCACGGAGCAACCGGAGCCAUUUUGGUCUACAUGCGUGCCUUCAUCCUAUGGAAAGAUCCGCGCUUUCUGGUCGCCUCUCGUCAAUGCGCAGAUUUGAUCUGGCAGAAGGGCUUGUUGAAAAAAGGCCCAGGCAUUUGUCACGGAGUUGCUGGUAGUGGUUACGCUUUCCUAGCCAUGUAUCGCCUGGUCGGUGAAGUGACGUAUCUGCAUCGAGCUGCUAUGUUUGCCGAAUUUAUGCAAUCGGACACAUUCCAGCAUGCACGACGUCCGGACUUUCCAUAUUCCCUGUUCGAGGGUUUGGCCGGAACCGCUUGUUUCUAUGCCGAUUUGGCCAAACCGUCUGAGGCUGCGUUCCCGUUGAUGGAUCUGUUCUGGAAUUCUCCCAGCACCUCUGGGAACUGA